AUGUCCUACUACUUCACGAUCCUCUCCCCUACGGACGUGCCUCUAUUCAACAUCGCCUUCGGCACAUCCAAGUCCGGGGGCGACGGGAUCGCCCGGUUCCGAUUCCCGGAUACAGCGCAGUACAUGAACCAGUUUAUCAUUCAUUCGAGUUUGGAUAUUGUUGAGGAGGCGCAGUGGAUGAAUGGGAAUAUGUACCUAAAACACAUCGACACCUACCCCCCCGCAUCAGCAUACAUCUCCGCGUUCUUGACCCCCUCCGGGGCAAGAUUCCUUCUUCUGCAUCAGCCGCCGCAAUUAGCUUCGAAUAGCGGGCAGGGGGCCGGUGGGAGUGGUUCGAUGGGCGGGUCGAUGUCCGGGUCGUUGUUGUUGGGGUCUGCGGGCGGGUCGUCGCGCGCGUCGGCGAGCUCGAUAGCUAAUAAUCCGACGUCGCCGCAGACGGAGGAGGCCGUGCGACAGUUUAUGACUGAGGUGUAUGAGAAUUAUGUGAAGACUGUGAUGAGUCCGUUUUAUAGGCAGGGGAUGGAGAUUAAGAGUCCUGUGUUUAGGGGGAGGGUUACGGCUGCGGGGAGGAAGUGGUUAUAG